AUGCUCACGGACUUCAACUCCCUGGGGCGCUGGGACAAGGACGGCGUGGGCACCAAAAUCUUCAAGCUCGAUCCCGACAAGCUGGAGAAAGAGUGGCAGCUCUGCGGCACGAACUGGGCGGACUAUUCGAAGGGAUGGAGCAGCUGCCGCGGCACGUGGCCAGGCAAGCGCGGCUUCACCUGUGGGCUUUGGAGCACUUUCCACUCCGUCGCGGCGCGCUCGGACGACAAGUCCGCCGCGCACGAUACCGAGGCGCUGCGGCAGGCGGUCCUGAAGUUCUUCGACUGCGACGACUGCCGGCACCACUUCUCCACCAUCGCGGUCAAGCCCAAGGACACGGCGACCAAGGCCGCGGCGCAGCUCUGGUGGUGGCAGGCGCACAACAACGUGAACAUGCGCGUGCUCGGUAUCGAGCAGCGCUACCAGGACGGCGACCCGAGCUUCCCCAAGGUGCAGUGGCCGACUCAGGCGCAGUGCCCAGGGUGCUGGCUUCAGGCAUCUCCUGGCAGUCUGCUCUCCGUCUCGCGCCGAGGCGCUGGCGCGCAGGCCACCCUCGCCACGACAGAUGCGCCCGCUUCGGGCGAGGCCUGGGUGUGGAACGCCAACGAGGUGACGGGCUUCUUGGAGCGCUUCUACGGCUGA